AUGCGAUGGCCUUGGUCAGGCGACGAUAAUGAACGGAAGAAGACCGGCCUCGCAGCAUGGACUGAACAUUACAGCUCAGAUGACUGGGCGGCAUCGUUAUUGGAGCCAAGGACCCUGAUCCCAUCUCUUGCGCUCACAGUGACCACCGUCGCUGGUGUUCGCCUUUACAAAUCCUACCUACGGAGAAUACCCAGCGUCAACCACAUCAAACCCGACUACUUUCGGCGCAAAAGUUUGUUUGGUCAGGUCACAAGCGUUGGAGAUGCAGACAACUUCAGACUGUAUCAUACCCCUGGCGGACGACUGGCAGGAUGGGGCUGGUUGCCAUGGAAGAGUGUACCAACGAAAAGAGACCAACUCAUGAAACAAACACUGCACAUUCGAAUCGCGGGAGUCGAUGCGCCAGAACUCGCGCAUUGGGGCCGAGAAGCUCAGCCGUACUCAAAAGAAGCACUUGAGAUGCUUACCGACCUCAUUCUUAACCGACGAGUUCGUGCGCAACUAUACAGACGCGAUCAAUACGAUAGAGUGGUAGCGCAGGUCUACUACCGGAAAUGGUUCUUCAAGAAAGACGUGGGGUUGGAGAUGCUGAAGGCCGGCUUAGCCACCGUCUACGAAGCCAAGUCUGGGGCUGAGUUUGGAAAUUCUGAAGCAGAGUAUCGCGCUGCUGAAGAGCAGGCCAAAGAACGCAAGGUCGGCAUGUGGUCGAAACCUGGACUAUUACAAAGGCUGGCUGGCGCAAAGGCUCAGGGCCUAGAGAGUCCACGAGAGUACAAAAGUAGACAUGCGGCAGCAGACAAGUCAAAGAAGACUUGA